AUGCUAGGCAGUGGAGAGGAACACAAUGCGUCAAAGCAUGAGGGGAGCUCGGACUCGCAGCCUUUUGACGAGGAGCGGGCCGACAGCAUGUGUGAGAAACGACGGCGGUUCCCGCCGUUGGGCGCAGGCAUCGCCUGUGAUGUGCGUGACAGAUUACCGCAAUACUGGUCGGACUGGACCGACGCCUGGGACUACAGAGUGAUCCCGGCAGCUCUGGAAACAUACUUCAGCAAUCUGCUGCCAGCGCUCGCGUUCGCGCAGGACAUGUUCGACCACACGAACAACGCAUUUGGGGUCAAUGAGGUGUUGCUGUCGAGCGCCCUGGCUGCGCUCGUAUUUGGGGUGCUGGGCGGGCAGCCGCUGUGCAUUGUAGGCGUGACUGGGCCGAUUAGUGUCUUCAACUACACACUGUACGACAUUGUGAAGCCGCUGGGAGUGGACUACUUCGGCUUCAUGUUCUGGGUAUGCAUAUGGGCGACCGUGUGCCACCUAGCGCUUGCAGUGACCAACAUGGUGUGUCUGCUGCAAUACGUGUCUGCGUUUCCAUGCGAUAUUUUCGGACUGUUCAUCAACAUCGUGUACCUCCAGAAGGGCGUCGACAUCCUGGUGAAGCAGUUCCAGACGAAAGAGGGCUUUGACGCAGCGGCAGGCUUCGCCAGCGUCACCAUCGCGCUGUGCAUGGCGAUUUUCGGGACCGCAGGAAAGCUCUUUACGGAGACACCGCUGCUGACGCACGCGAUGCGCACCUUCGUCUCAGACUACAGCACGGUGCUCUCGGUCGUCUUCUGGACGGGGUUCACCCACUUUGGCGGCGCUCUUGGCGCAGUGGACCUGCUCCACCUCCCCGUCUCGACCCCGUUCCAGCCCACGUCCGAGACGAGAGACCAGUCCACCUGGCUCGCGUACGUGCCCAUCGCGCCGCGCUACGCGUUCCUGGCGCUGCCUUUCGGCAUCAUCCUGACCAUUCUGUUCUACUUCGAUCACAGCGUGUCCUCUCUGAUGGCCCAACGGACCCACUACCGCCUGCGCAAGGCAUCCACCUUCCACUACGAUUUCGCGCUUCUCAGCGUCACAACUGCCGUUGCAGGCGUGCUCGGCAUCCCUGCACCAAACGGCCUCAUCCCACAGGCACCUAUGCACACGGAGUCACUGCUGGUGCGCGAUCGUCAUGGCACAGUGAUCCGCUGCGUGGAACAGCGCGUGACCAAUUCUCUCCAGGGAUUACUGUUCCUCGGCACCAUGACACGCCCGCUGCUGCACUGCCUGGGCCUGAUCCCGCAGGCCGUCCUGAGCGCGCUGUUCUUCAUCAUGGCCUUCAAUGGGCUCUACAACAAUGCUAUCCUGCGCAAAAUCCUCUGGCUGUUGACCGACCCCCGCCGCAGAGAUCCGGAGAACCCGCUCAACGCCGUCCCGCUGCGCCCUCUGGCCAUCUUCACCGCCCUCGCAACAUUCUGCGCGCUCGUCGAGUUCGUUCUCACGCUCUCCAAGGCCGCUAUCGCUUUCCCUGUGGCUCUCCUGGCCACAGUGCUCCUGAGCCUCUUGUUCCCACGCUUCUUCCAGCGCGAGCAUCUGCGGAUCCUGGACCCGCCAGUGGCAGAGGAGUUUACGAUGAAGAAUCUGUUGCUAGAGAACCUUACAUAG